AUGCCGCGCAAAUUGCUCAAGUUCCUCAUAGUAUUUGAUAACACUUCAUUGUUAUAUUUUCCGGGGCAAUUCUUGUCUGGGAAAGUGUUAAUGGAACUGCAAGAUGACACACCUGUGUUAGGUCUCCACUUCCAUGUGAUUGGUGAGGGUGUGGUGCGAGUUGGGUCAGGCAGACAUGAGAGACUGUUUGAUAAAGAAAAUUACAUAGACUUCAGGAUGAGACUACUUGGAGAACCAGGUCACAGCACAUCAGUCCUAUCGCCUGGUAUACACAGCUUCCCAUUCAAGCUGGGCCUGCCAAUGGGUUUACCCUCCACAUUCCUCGGCACUCACGGCUGGGUCCAGUACUACUGCAAGGCAGCUCUCAGGGAACCCAACGGUCUGACACACAAGAAUCAACAAGUCUUCAUUGUGAUGAACCCUAUUGAUCUUAAUUUGGAACCACCGGUUUUAUCUCAACAGUUCGAAUGCAGCGUAGAACACAGACUGGGUGUCGGGUGCGUGGGCGGGGGCACGGUGUCCUGCGCCGUGUCACUAGACCGCGGGGCCUACGUGCCCGGGGAGAGCAUCAUGCUCACUGCCACACUGGUGAACAACUCUAGGACCACUAUCAAAGCCACUAGGGCAGCUCUUACAGAGACGAUCCAGUACUCAGCUCACGGCAAAGUAGCCGCGAAGGAGGUUCGUGAACUAGCAUCACUGUCGCACGGCAAGACCCGAGCUGGUGACAGUGACGUGUGGCGCCAUGAGCUCCUCUACGUACCGCCGCUGCCUCCCACCAACUUGCGUGGCUGCCAUCUCAUCUCUGUGCAGUAUGAUGUCUUCUUCAUAAUCGAGCCGAAGAGUUUGGAGAAGGAAGUGAAGCUGCAGCUUCCAAUCCUGAUAGGUACGUAUCCGUUCCGCGAGGAAUCAGAUGAGCCGCAGCCUCCGACGCACUACCCCAGCACGCUGCCCAUCUUCCGCGCCUGGCUACACGACAAGCCCGCACACUGA